AUGACAGAUUAUUACUUAAGAAAUGCAAAUUGCAUCAACAUAAUGCAUGACAUUUUCGGUAUUGGCCACACGAACCGUAUUCUCAGCAGUCAGCUAGCAAUAGGUUAUGACGAUGUAAUUACUCAGAUUUGUUUAGGUAAAAAGACCGAUUUAAGCCAUAAAUUCCAAAACAAUGUAGAUUCACUUCUAUCACUUUUCAUAUACAACUCAUAUUCUUCACAUAGUGUCUUCUUCAAUACCACGGCAGGUGAUGGUUCUAACAUGGUUUAUGGUUCUUUUUUAUGCCGAGGUGAUCGAAGUUCUAGAAGAUGUCGUAAAUGUCUAAAAAGGGUAAAAAAAUAUGUCAAUGAUCGACAACUAACCGACAAUUACUCAAAUUGCUUCGCAUAUAAUAUGCACUUAAAAUGUAUAAUACACUACACAAAUAGCUCAAAACCCUUGCAAUAUGAAAAGCGUAAUCCUUUCACCUAUGGAAGAUUCGGAGAUCCCUUGACACUCUACCCUAAUUACGAUGCGACGUUGAAGAAUAUCAAGCAAGAACUUGUGAAAGAAGCUAGCUAUGGAAAUUGGGUUAAGCCUAAUUUUAUGACCAAGGUUGUUGGGGUAGAAAAAUCUCAUGAGAAAGUUUACAUAUUAGUUCAAUGUAUGCCUUAUUUAUCUGCUAUAAAUUGUAGUGAUUGUUUAAGUCGUCUUGGUUCACCGGAUACCAAAGCUGGCCUUAUUCUUCAUUUUGGUAAUUGUUUUAUGAAUUACAAUAAUGAGUCCUUCUUUAGUAGGGCAUACCUUAGCUUUAUGCCAAAUUAUUUAUGUAUGAUUUUGGUGGUAUUAUUGACAAUGCAGUUUACAUUUUUAUAG